UUGUUCCUUUUGCUUUUGCUUGUGUUGAAAGUGAUUUGGCUGUUAGUAAGUCGAAAAAGAAAUUAACUUUUGGAGAGAUUUUUAAUAAGGGAAGAGAUGUAAAUAUUCUGUCAAUUGCUAGAAUGUUUUUGUUCAGCUCACGUGAUUUAUGGUUUGAA